CCCCUUCAAUGUGCGCAAAUUUGUUCCAGGUAGACGGUGGGAAUUUUAUAACUGUCGCAUGAGCUCUCUGUAAUUGGAGUAGCUAGUUGGUGUAAUCUAAUUUAUCUAGUUUCUCAGACUGUACAUUCAACAUGGGGACAGAGCAUGUGGGGAAUGAUGUCGUUUCUAAAGAGAACUUCCAGCCAUGUGCCGAAGACAUACAGAGGUGGAUGGCUAAUGCCUUUGACAUGGCAAAAGAAGCUUUGGAGAAUGGUGAGGUGCCUGUUGGAUGUCUCAUGGUCUACAACAAUGAGAUUCUUGGAAAGGGGAGAAAUGAAGUGAAUGAAACAAAAAAUGCCACUCGCCAUGCUGAGAUGGUGGCUCUGGACCAGGUGCUGGAGUGGUGUCGUCAUAGAGACCUGGACACCAGGACAGUGUGUGAGAGGACUGUGCUCUACGUGACUGUGGAGCCUUGCAUCAUGUGUGCAGGAGCUCUUCGCCUGACCACAGACAUUCCUCUAGUGGUCUAUGGAUGUAAUAAUGACAGGUUUGGUGGCUGUGGAUCUGUUCUAGACAUCCCCUCGGCUGAUCUACCUCACACUGGCUCAUCAUUUAAGUGUAUCUCUGGCUUCAGAGCAGAGGAAGCAGUGGAGAUGCUGAAGGCUUUUUAUAAACAGGAGAACCCUAAUGCUCCCAAGCCAAAGACGAGGAAGGAGUGAUAUUUUGUUGGUGUCCAGCAGGGGGCUCUAGACUUUAAGAAAUGAGGUGUGGAGCAGAGAAGGAUGAUGUAAAUGGAGUAGCUAACAAAGCUCUUUCCCUAAACAGACUUGGAUUUGUCUUUCUGACAAAGGAAUCAAAUAGAUUUUUUUUGUGUUCUCACUUAUUUGCUCAGGCGUUUGUGUUAGCACUCAUUUUCAUUUUCAUAUUAUUGACAGUGUAUUAGACCCUUACAGUAUAGUUUGGCUGGACACAAACGUCUGGAAAGUGGCUUGAUUGUGACGCUUUGCAGGCUCUGUAUCUUUCCUGUGUGGUUGGCUAUGUGAGGAGCUGCUGCUGACUUUAUUAUGGUUAUUAGUGUAUAGUACCAAGUAGACAGAAACUGUCCGGACUGCAUUAUUGUCUGGGUUCUCUCCUUCUCCAUGUUCUCAUCUAACCCAGAAUGUGAUCUCACUCUGAGCACCCUGGGUCUAGGAUGAGCUGAGCUUAAGGCAGGUACCGGGGGCCUCUCAGCAACCUCUAAAGGAGCUCUCUCUCUCUGGCGUCAGUCAUCAACCUCCGUCAUGGAUCUGAAAUCAGUGUUGCCCCCCGAGGCCAUUUCCCACUCCAAUGUAUCAUGUCUGUGAUAGUUUCUGGGUUUGUUAUGCAUGUCUUGGAUUGUUAAGUACUGGCGUCGUCAUGUACAGUAGGAUGGCGGUUCUCUACUUUGAAAAUGUUGUUAUUACUAAGUGGCAUAGCUGCUUUGUGAUUUAUUUAUUUUCUGCUGAAGAACAAAUACGUAUUCACAGCAUUAGUCUCAGCGGGAGAAGGAACACUGAAUAGUAUAAUAGAUUGGGAGCGCCCAUGCAGACAGUCCUGUCUCUCCUACUGAAUGACUAGGCCAGACUUCACUGCAGAGGGACCAUAUUUCAAUGUGGGACCAACUUAUUUCAGAUCAGAAAGGAGACAAAUGUCCGCUCCAUCGACUCCCGCAGGUAUUUUGAUCUCCGUCUCAGUAGCCACCAACACUCACACCAGCACUGCAGUUUGGUGUGUGACAAACGGAAUGUGUUUGUAGCAUAGAGCACAGCUGUGAGGGGUAAUAGUCAGUCUGAAGCGCCUCCCCUUCACUUGCAGCAGGCAGGCAGCAUCCCUCAGCCUUAAACCCUUCUCUUCCCUGGACAGGAUCAGGAACAGAGGAAGUAACAGCCCAGUCAGCAUCAGACAGCUCCGGUUGUACCAGCUCCAAGUGACUUCUCCACACUGACCUGCUGUAGCUUUCACUAUGGUUUCAAACUCUCUCUUGUAUAUCUAAUAAAACUUUUUUUGAAAUGC